CCUGGUGUGUCGCUCUCCUCCAAGUCUCCAUGAUCCAUCCUUCCAGCUGCUUGUCCAAGGGCCCUGGUCAGUUCUUGAUCGUCUUGCUCCAUCCAGUCUCACUUUAUACCACUCUAUCCCGUGCCUUACUGCGUAUCCGCUCUCCACGGAUACCUGUGCAAAAGUGAGGUAAAGUAAGGUGGCCAGCAGUUUUAUUCCUCGACAAACUUGUCACUGGAUUGUCACCACACCCCCGUCGUUGCACUCUGCGUAUGGCCCUUUACCCCCUUGGUCCCUGUUUUCUUGACCUGUCCUCGACUUGUCAACGUUGGGGUCCCCGUCCCCGUGCCUGUCCCAAUCCCAAUCCCAAUCCCCGUCUAUUCCUCGUCCGAGUCUUGAGUCUUGAGAGUGAGAGUCUGAGCCUGAGCCUGAGCCUGGAGGUGUCUCGACGCUUGCUUUAAACACCACCCCCUCCCCUCCAUCCUUUUCAACUUCUGUUUUGUAACCCUCGUCUCGUCCAGCGCUCGCUUCUCUUCCCAACCUUCUUCACCCCGUCCAUUCUUCUUCUACUUCUCCUUCCCCGAUACCCCCCUCUCCUCCUUUUACCGGUUUCCCAAAACCCCCCCGCGCCUGGCCUUUUCUCCUCCCGACGUCGCAGACCAAGUCUCUCGCUUUUUUCUCAAACAAAACAAACCACAACCUUCUUCUUUCGUUGAUUUGACCUGACGACCCGACGGACCUUACGCUAUUACUUUUACUACCUGCUUCCACCUCGUAGUCUACUCCGUCUCGCGCCAACUAAUUAAUACGACCAUAUACCCUCUUCCGUAAACCAAAACUCAGCAUUGGGCAUCUAUCUACCUAUCCAUCCAGUUGACUCGAGAAAAGAGAAAGACAAAAAAUACUUUCUCACCAACCGACCAACCCCCCGCGGGCCCUGAUUCGAACUGAGACUGAUCUGCUCCCUUUUCUGGACACCACCUGACACACGAACCGACCUGGUCGACCCCAUUGUCUUUUGUCAAUCAGUCAUUCCGUGCCGACAACCUUUCCCAGGCACCACUAAUUUUGGGCACACAAUCGGCCACUGCGCAUUCCACAGCUCCGUCUCAAUUCAAAGAGCGGCCAGCCAGCAAAAAAAAAAAAAAAAGCAGCAAAAGCAGCAGCAGCAGUAGCAAGCAGCUCUGUCUCUUUUGUCUCUUUUCUUAUUUCUACAACAUUUUGGAGUGUUCCGCCCCGCCGCCAUCUCUCACCUAGGCCAGCCACGCCCCGACUUUUCACGGCCCAGCAGCAAUCAGCUACCGGUACCUUGACCUUUGGAGGCCUUACCUUUAGAGGCACCACACCAUCACCUCCACCGCCGCCCAGUGCACCCACAACCCGCCAGGCUAAUUCCUCCCCCAGCCCGCUCUCGGCCAUUCUCGUAAAGCUCAAAGCGCAAGCUCGAAGCGUCAAUUGCUGCGACUCCGCGCUUCGCAAGAAAGGGCAAGAAAAACAAGGACAAAGAGUCGUCCACUGACUACUCACCAAAGUCACUCCCACCAAGUCUGCCUGCCUUAGCCGAUAAACCAAGAAAAACCGACUUAAAGUCGAGUCCUCUCGUUUCGGCCUUGGCAACCCCAAUCCUCUGGCACAGAAAGAGUUGCAGUCGCGCACCUCCUCCUCGUCAAAAGUCAGACGUCGACAACUCCAUCCAUCUCGACCCAUUUAAAACUGGAGCAUCGAGCAAGGGAGAAUCGCGCAUCUCAAUCACCCAGCGUUUGACGACAUCGUCAAUUCGCCCUUUUACUAAUUUGCCAACGACUCGUUGCAUCUCGAUCAAUUUUGCACGGGGUUUUCGUUCUCCGAACUUGCAGAUCCGCAAUCGUCAAGCCAAGUGAGGCUCCUUUUGCAGACCAUACGGCAAACAGGCGUGUCGGGUGCAGCAGCAGCAACCCAACCCGACCGGUCUCCUUUUUUCUCGCUUCAUUCCUCCCAACCUACCAACAGCAACUAUGAGCACAGCGAUCGCAAUGGCUCCCUCUCCGGCCCCUCACGACAGACCGUCGUUCCCUUCCGACCUCGCUCCCGCGUCUUCCGCACAGCACGGCGCUUCUUCGCCUGCACAACAAAGAACUCUUGUACCGACUGGAACUCCCAAUGCGACGGCGCAUCGGUCAGGCAGCGGCAGCCCUAGGGGUGCCGCCCAAGCUCCCAAGUCAUCUCCUCCCAGCGCCGCGAGACACGCCAGCGGUGCACCAAAGAUCGUUGUGAAGAAGGAGCCCAACUCCCCCGACUUGCCGACGACCCGUCACAGGCCACGCAAACUCGACCUGUCCAACAAGGGCGCCCACCCGGGCUCCAACACUCCUGGCACUGCUAGGCCCAUGACUGCUAGGGACAACUUGGGCAUUCAGGAGGUCGGCCUUGCCUGCCUCUCGCCCGGGUUCGUUACCCAGGACCCCAUCAUGAAGGAGCAGCUCCAGCGCAGCAUGAGCGUGAGGGACCAGCAACGCAUGAUCAUCGAGCAGAGAAUGCAACAGCAAUCUGCAAAGGGCGAUGGCCCUGACACCUCUGGAAAGGACCCUGUUUCUCAGUUCGCAGCAAAGACUCCCGGCCUGUCUCGCAGGAACAAGGCCCAGCUUUCCAUCCUGCCGCCCUCCGCCGAGUCUUUUGCCAACGAGCGUGUCAUCCAGUCGGCCCCCUUGGGACACUCCUUCACUGGCCGCCAACAUCCUGCACCUCUGUCUCGUCACAUUACAAACCAGCCAAACACCCUCUCCAACACUUCUCACAUUCACCACGUCCCUGCCAACCAGACAAACAACCGUCUCCCGCCCAUCAGUGACGUUUUUGGACAGGUUUCUGGCCACCCCGACAAUGCUCCCACCUCUCUGUACCCCCAGACCAGCCGUCCCCCCAUGGCAUCACCUGGUCACCCUCCUCAGAUGCAGCAUGGCCCUCCUACUUCCGGCCGUGCCAGAGAGUACAAGUCAGCGGAAGAGGCACAGCAUGAGAUUGCCGGUGGCCGCCCCGAGCUGCUCCCUAAGAUCGUACACUACGGAAACGCCCACCAGCCUCCUACGCCUCCGUCCCCUGCCCCGGGAAGCAGAGCCGCUGACCCCAGCCGCAGCGCAAGCCGGCGCCGCACCCGUGCCGAGUACGAGGACGGCAGCCCACCGUUGGGCCAUGGCCCCGCUCCCCAGCGAAGAGGACCAUUCGGCGCCGGUCGGGACAGCCCCGAGAGCCAAAGGCAAAAGCGCGAGGAGUUCAUGCAGCUCUGCGCCAGAGCCUGGGACCUUUUCCACUCUUAGAGAGUCUUUCGUCAUCUUUGUUCUAUUCUUCUACUUCAACGAGUAGGCCAAUUGCGUCUCACUCGUAGGUUUCGAUUUCCUGCGGGAUCUGGCCCCGCCCUUUCGUCGAUUCAAUCUCGGCCAGCUUGCGUGAGUUUGAAGCAGUGUCACGUCCACUGUUGCUCUUCCUGCUACUCUCCUCCCGUCGGAACAGAGGAGGUAAAAAAAAAAGAUAUCGCGGCAGGAUAGGAUUUAAAUCAGGGAUUAAUGUCUGCAACUACGAAGAGCUUCCUCCUCGGCACGUCUCCAACAAUGAACGAAAGCAAUCAUUACGAACUUCAGCUUCCUCCGGAGGGACAAGCGAUGGAUUCUUUUCGCGCACGGCUAGGCGGUUACGAGGCGGUUGGCGCUACCGGCUCUAGUUUGCUUCUAUUCUUCAAGGGGCAGUCACGGUUUGAGGGAGAAUUUUACGUUCGAUUCUUGCACUGGAAGUUUAAGAUUUGCGCCAGGGGGCGUUUAUUUGCUUUGUCAUUUUUAUGUGGUUACUACCGGUGUUUACGGGAAAAUGACGGGUUGGCACGAGAUUCAUGAGCAGAGAAGAGGGUGCAGAUUCCUCUCUGUAUGUAUUAUCUUGGGGUCGUCUGCUACGGGGAAAGAAUGGUGGUCGAGGGAUAUAUCCUCGGCGCGUAUCUCUUUUGUGAUUUAUGCUUCCUGCUUCCCACCUCGGGAGCUGCCAACCUUUGCGCUACUUUUGUCGCCUUGGUAUUACGUAUAUCGGAGCAAGAGGUACUGAAGAUUCGACACGCAUAUACAAGGGGCC